AUGUCUCAACAUCAAGUAUGUGUCUUAGCCUAUGUCCCGAGUGAGGCCUGUGUUUUGGAAGCGAAUUUUUCGGAUAUUCGAGCUGGCUCCAAGCUUCCGAUAGAGCUUAAUAUCUAUGGAAACCGUGAAGACGCUGAAUCUAUCGGUCGAGCUCUUUCCAAAGCUGGCACCUAUCUCCAAUUCCCUCGGUGCGGGCUAGCGGGCGUGGAGUACUACAACCCGCACUUUCUUAGAAUGGAGGGUUAUCCGGGUCAAGAAUCAAUUGAAAGUCUGGUUCUAUUGCCACCAAAGGUGGUGGAGGCCGGCGGCCAGGCUUCCGACCAAGAGCCUCAAGUCGAUAACGCGGACGCAGUUGACGAAAUCCUUGGUUCACUAUCAUACCACAAUCUACGUGAUGGUAUUCAAGUUGACAGUCGCAUCAAAAGCGCUCUUUUCCCAUACCAAAAGGAAGCAAUCGACUUUAUCCUCAAACGAGAGACUGGCGAUCUUCCCUCCGAACUUAGCCUCUGGAAGUACAACAGCAUCGACGCGGACGAACCUUUUUAUCAGCAUGUCUUCAGUGGAGCAAAGCGUCCAAACCAAGAAGAGGCUGAAGGCGGAAUCCUGGCAGACGACAUGGGAUUAGGGAAAUCUCUUGUCAUCUUGUCGACAAUAGCAGGCUCACUAGAUCGUGCAAAGGCAUUUGCGGGUUCGAAACAACGAUCCGCAGCCACACUGAUCGUGGUAUCAUCAACGCUCUUGAUCGACAACUGGGUCGAACAGAUUCAAAUGCAUACGCAUCCCGGCGGGCUGUCGUGUCACCGACACACUGGCACACAACGCCAUAAAGAUGUGCAUCUACUGUUCCAAAAGUCCAUAGUGUUCACGACCUACGCCACAUUGGCGGCCGAUGCAUCUCGCGGUAGCUUAUCCAAAGUUCACUGGUUCAGGAUCGUUUUAGAUGAAGCGCACGAUAUUAGAAACCGCCGAACAAAUCAGUUCAAAGCCGUCACCGCGCUCUCAGCAAAGCAUCGCUGGUGUCUGACAGGAACACCCAUUCAAAACAGCAUGGAAGAUCUUGGAGCUUUAGUUUCUUUCCUCAGGAUACCAGUCCUUGAACAUGCCCCAACGUUCCACAAGUUCAUCACAAGUCCAGCAACGUCUUCUUCAAGAGACCGGUUCAAAAAUCUACGAACUUUACUUGAAACCAUUUGCCUGAGAAGAACACGAGAGAUAUUGCCACUGAAACCUCCAGUCACGUAUAUCCAAGAGGUUUUGCUUACUGAUUCUGAAAGACAGGAGUACAACAAUCUCAUUCAAGAAGGUAAAACACAACUGGAUAUGAUAACGAGCGGAUACAGCAAGAGGAAAGUGAGCUCUGUAGUGCUACAAUCGAUUCUCAAACUACGUCUGUUUUGCAACAACGGCAGGUCAAUCGAUAACCAACAAUUUGAUGUCACGGGCCUUCCACCUGACCCAGAUGAGGCAUUGACAUAUCUCCAGCAACAUGACCGCAAUAUCUGCGCCAUUUGCUCUGUUACGAUUUAUUCUAUUGACAGUUCUGACAAGACCGAUGGUGGCAGGUUCAUAUUCUCCUGUUGUCAUUUAUUUUGUCGCACUUGCAUGCCUCAGUAUAGUAAGCGGAAAUCCCCCUGUCCAGCCUGCCAGCAGGAUGGCGAACCCGAAUUCCCAGGUGUUCGGCCCAUGCAAGAUGGGCAAGCGAGCACGGGAGCAAGCGGACAUACUGGCGGUGGUCGUUCUAUCGACAAAUACCCUUCGAAGUUACUCCGUCUUUUAGACGACAUUUGUCAGCAUAAUACAGAAAAAAGUAUCGUGUUUUCGUGCUGGAAGAAGACGCUUUUCCUCAUCAGCAACCUUCUUUCGCAUCAUUCCAUUAGACACGGCAUAAUUCAUGGUUCACGAACACUCGCUGAACGCACCAAAGCGUUGAAGGAAUUUCAGUCAAAAACCGGCCCUUCCAUUCUACUUAUGACGUUGGGGACAGGUGCCGUAGGAUUGAACCUUGCUGUUGCGUCUCGCAUUUACCUCCUGGAGCCGCAAUGGAAUCCGUCUAUCGAGGAGCAAGCGAUUGGACGAGCACUUCGACUCGGGCAAGAAUCUCAAGUCGUUGUUGUCAGAUACAUUACGGCGAAAACGGUCGAACAGGCUGAUGUCAUAUUUCGGCAAAGAAGAAAACUACAGUUGGCGGGUGGUGGAUUCGGCAAAGGGAAGAACGCAGCAUCGGAAGCUCUCGUGGAGUCGCUGUUGCAUGUUUUUGAUGAUAACAGAGCAUCUAGUUAA